UUCUGUUCUUAAUUCUAGCAUUUAAAACAAUAUGAACACGUUACCGCUGUGCCAUAUAUGUAUGUACGUGAAAUACCCAAUAAACCACCACCGCCAUAUGUACCACCUGCUCAUGGCAGUCCAAUGACAACAAUUUUUCCUUCCGAAGAACGUAUUAAGGAUAUAACCUUUCGUAGAACCCAUGAAUUAUACUGUGAACUAUUAAAGACUGAUUAUUGCAAUGAAAAAGGCGAAAAACUACCCUCUGUCAUGGAGGAACAAAUCACCAACAUCUAUGAACGUAUUAUACUCGACAUUUGUCGUGAAUAUCUCGAAGAACGUAGUGAAAUUCUGCGUGAAGGUGAUCCUACAAAUUUCCACAGUCAAUUGGCAUUUUUCAAUCCACCCAAUCGUUUACGUUGCAUACAGGAUGCCAUUUACAAAGAAGUACGUUCCUGUCUGGCCAUGGAUAAAACACCACCUAAACGUACACAAAUCUAUUCCGUUUAUGGUCAGCGAGCCAAACAAGAUCAUAUAGGUAAAAUAAUCAUACAGGAGAUGUACGAUGAAGAUGAUCGUUGGUGUAAUUUUCAUCGAGAAGAGUCGGAAGUUUUGCAUUUAAUGGUUGAAGAAAUGUUGAAUAAAAAUAUAGUGGAAAUAGCCAAGGAAGUGUUAUUGGAAGAGGGUGGCACAAUAGAUGUAGAAGAUGAACAACAGGUGGAGGAAGAGGAAGAAACUAUUAUAGAGGAGAAUGAAGCCAAUCAAAAGGCCGAGGAGGAUAAUGAAAAAGAAGAAGAACAUCUAACAGAUUUACAGUCAUCAUCAGUAUUGGUGGAAACUUUGAAUGAAGACAAUGAAACGUAUUGUGUAAAUGAAACAAAACAGGAAUUUACAGUAUUGAAUCAAACCAACACAAUUGAAUCUGAUUCUCAAGAAAGUGUUAAUGUUAAUAACACCAUCACCAACAACAGCAUUAAUGCCGUUCAAACGUGUACAUAAUUUGUUUAAUAACUAUUUAUAGUUAACUCUUUAUUUGUUUUAACUGUCUGUUUCACCAAUAUCUUUAAAAAUGUGUCGAAAAUAAUAAUUUUAUUUAUUCAACACAUUUUUCUUUUUGAUAAGUGAAUUAAACAGUUAAUUUAUCUCAACAAAUUAAUGUUUAUGCCAUUUUUAGGUUUCUUUAGUUCUUUUUUUUCAAAUAUGUAUGUAACAUUUUUUAAUAUGUACUUAACAUUAGUUUUGUUUAAUUGUCCUUAAAUUAAGACGGUUCUUAACAACAUUUAAAUAAGGUAUUGUCUUUAUUAACAAUCUGUAGUAUUUGGUUUAUUGAAGCUAAAACCAUAACUACAAUAAUAAUAAUAAAUAAUGUACCUAAUUUAAAUUUGUCAAUAAACCAUUAUUUAUGUAUUAAUGUUUGUUUGCUAACUUAUAGAUUUUAAACAGGAUGCCCUAAAUUAUGGUUUUAAAUAUUAAUAAUAAAUAUAAACAUUAUUAAUAUAUAAUUAUUUUAUUCAAUAAAAUUGCUAAUAACAAUUUUAUUAAAGUACGUACAAAUAUUUUUAAUGAAUUAUUUAAAUAAUUUCUAGUUUAGUUAAGUCAUUUAUACUUAAAUACAUUGUUUACUUUUCUCUUUUCUUUGUUUAAGUUUAAGACAUAAAAACAAGUUAAUUUCGUCUUUUGUAUCUUUGGAUGAUAAGUUUUUUUAAAAAUAACGAACAAAUUGCUUGUAUGUAUUAAUGUUUUUAGUUACAACUUUUUAAUUUUAGAAUUGCGCUAAGAAACGAAAAAGGCGUUUAUUUUAUUUUUUAACAAAUAAAUUGCAAGAAAUUUUAUAUUUUAAAA